AUGAUGAGCAAUAGUGGCAAGUCAUACAUUGAAAAUAAUACAAACGAAUCCGGUACUAGUAGCAACGGAAAUGUGGAUUUAUCGGCUCUCAAUGAAGAGCAACAACAAUUGCUUGCCAAAGAACUCAUCCGAAAUACACCCGAAUAUAAAGCAGCGUGGGAAUUGGAGCUUUGGAAGAAGAGAGAAAAACAAGUGUACAAGAAACAAUUGGAACAAAAAGAAAAGCUUCACCUUCAGAAAGUGGAGGAAGCUCUCAAGAACGAAUACUCAAAGAAGGAAAAGCAACUUGCGGAACAAAAAGAAUUACUCAAACAAAAAGAAACCAAAUAUACACAAGCAUUAGAAGAACUGGAUAAGAGAGAGAAACAACUAAUACAAGUGGAACAAGAGCUGAGACGAAGAAAAACAGAGCUUGAAAGUGAUUUUGCUCGUAAACUGGAACAUAUGGAACAUGUCAUCAAAAUGGAGAAGGAAUCCUUCCAACAUCGAUUGCAACUGGAAACUCUCAAAAAUCAAGAAUUACAGAAAAGAAUAGAUCAACAACUCUCACAUGAUGUUAUGGAGCUCAAUGAAAAGAUAACUAAACUGCAAGUAGAGAAUGAAUCUUUGGAAUCCAAACUUCAUGAAACCACCAACUCUAAACAGAGCUACAAGCUGCAAUGGAAAAAAGUGACUGAGGAAUUACAAAGGAUCAAGAAAAAACACGAAUCAGAGUUAAGGAAACUUCAUCAACAAGUAAUGGCCUUACAUCAAUUGCAACAAGUCACACCUACCUCCAAUCCCUCUUUUCCCUUUCAAUAUCCAUUCGGCACCCCUUUUAAUUCUUCUAAUUAUCCAAUGAUGAUGAAUUCAAAUAAUUAUCCUUCAAAUCCUUCUUAUUUUGACUCUAACGUCAUUAGUCACCAUCAAGUAUCGAGCCAAGUUGGACGACCGUCAGAGAAACAGCAAGAAGAUGAAAUUAGUGCUCUGAAAAAUUUGAUAGCUGAUCUUCUCAAAAAAGAGGAACGAGAACAACAAAACAAGGUCGAACAUCAACAACAAGAAAAACACCUCAAUACAUCCUCUUCCAGCACUUUCUCUUCUGGUGAGGACUCAAGGAAUACUUCUACGACUCCUCCAAGAAAGAAGAGAGGGAAUGCAACUUCAAAACAAGAGUCACCACAUCUUGAUCGCUCCUAUGAAGGUGGUGACAUGGACAGUUCGAAUAAUGAAACGCAAGAUAUUUCAUUGGAUGCACAGACUUUUUCGAACACAUCACCCUCACAACAAUUUAAGGAAGAUGAACGAAGUAAGGAAGUGAAUCGUUUACUUAGGGAAAAAGCUAGACUUUUGAAAUCGGGUAUAUACAAUGAAAAGAGCGAUAUAAUAUUAGAACUAGAAAAGAAAAUUCAAUCGCUGUAA